AGACGUCUGGGCUGCCCCGGCGCAGCGCGGCAGCGGCAGCCUCCGCCCCCGGCCCGGUGUGCGCGCCCGCGGCAGGGCGGCCCGAGUCCCGAGCCCCGAGCGAGCCCCGGCGGCCGCCGCCUCCCAGACCGGAGGACGGGCCACCUCGGCGGCGUCCGCCCGAGUCUUCGCCUGGCCGCGCCGCCGCAGCCACCGCGCGCGGCCGCCUGACUCCGUCCAGGAUUAACUGGGGCGAGCCCGAGAGAGCCCCUGGGGCAGCGAUGCGACCCUCCGGGACGGCAGGAGCCGCGCUCCUGGUCCUGCUGGCUGCGCUCGUCCAGGCCAGUCGGGCGCUGGAGGAAAAGAAAGUUUGCCAAGGCACAAGUAACAAGCUCACCCAGUUGGGCACUUUUGAAGACCACUUUCUGAGCCUCCAGAGGAUGUUCAAUAACUGUGAAGUGGUCCUUGGGAAUUUGGAAAUUACCUACGUGCAAAGGAAUUAUGACCUUUCCUUCUUAAAGACCAUCCAGGAGGUUGCUGGUUAUGUCCUCAUUGCCCUCAACACAGUGGAGAGGAUUCCUCUGGAAAACCUGCAGAUCAUCAGAGGAAACGUGCACUACGAGAACUCGUACGCCUUAGCAGUCUUGUCCAACUACGGUGCCAACAAGUCUGGACUGAGGGAGCUGCCCAUGAGGAACUUGCAGGAAAUCCUGCACGGUGCUGUGCGCGUCAGCAACAACCCUGUCCUCUGCAACGUUGAGACCAUCCAGUGGCGGGACAUCGUCAGCGGUGACUUUCUGAGCAAUAUGUCGAUGGACUUUCAGAACAAUCUGGGCAAUUGCCAGACAUGCGAUCCAGGCUGUCCCAAUGGGAGCUGCUGGGGUGCGGGAGAGGAGAACUGCCAGAAACUGACCAAAGUCAUCUGCGCGCAGCAGUGCUCCGGGCGCUGCCGCGGCAAGUCCCCCAGCGACUGCUGCCACAACCAGUGCGCCGCGGGCUGCACGGGGCCCCGCGAGAGCGACUGCCUGGUCUGCCGCAGGUUCCGAGAUGAAGCCACGUGCAAGGACACCUGCCCGCCACUCAUGCUGUACAACCCCACCACGUACCAGAUGGACGUGAACUCCGAGGGCAAAUACAGCUUUGGUGCCACCUGCGUGAAGAAGUGUCCCCGAAACUACGUGGUGACAGACCAUGGCUCGUGCGUCCGCGCCUGCGGUUCAGACAGCUACGAGGUGGAGGAAGACGGCAUCCGCAAGUGUAAAAAGUGUGAGGGGCCCUGCCGCAAAGUCUGUAACGGAAUAGGGAUCGGUGAAUUUAAAGACACACUGUCCAUAAAUGCUACAAACAUUAAAUACUUCAGAAAUUGCACCUCCAUCAGUGGAGACCUCCAUAUCCUGCCUGUGGCAUUUAGGGGGGACUCCUUCACGCGCACCCCUCCUCUGGACCCGAAGGAGCUGGACAUCCUGAGAACCGUGAAGGAGAUAACAGGGUUUUUGCUGAUUCAGGCUUGGCCUGAAAACAGGACAGACCUCCACGCCUUCGAGAACCUGGAAAUCAUCCGCGGCAGGACCAAGCAACAUGGCCAGUUUUCUCUUGCGGUUGUUGGCCUGAACAUAACAUCCUUGGGAUUACGUUCCCUCAAGGAGAUAAGUGAUGGAGAUGUAAUAAUUUCAGGAAACAAAAAUUUGUGCUAUGCAAAUACAAUAAACUGGAAAAAACUAUUUGGGACCUCUAGUCAGAAAACCAAAAUUAUAAACAACAGAGUUGAAAACAACUGCAAGGCCACGGGCCAUGUCUGUCAUUCCUUGUGCUCGCCCGCGGGCUGCUGGGGCCCGGAGCCCAGAGACUGCGUCUCCUGCCGGAGCGUGAGCCGCGGCAGGGAGUGUGUGGAGCGGUGCAGCGUCCUGGAGGGCGAGCCCAGGGAGUUUGUGGAGGGUUCCGAGUGCGUCCAGUGCCACGCGGAGUGCCUGCCCCAGGCCAUGAACGUCACCUGCACGGGACGGGGACCAGACCACUGCAUCCAGUGUGCCCACUACAUCGAUGGCCCUCACUGUGUCAGGACCUGCCCAGCGGGCGUCAUGGGGGAGAACAGCACCCUGGUCUGGAAGUACGCAGAUGCCAGCCGCGUGUGCCGCCUGUGCCAUCCAAACUGCACCUACGGAUGUGAUGGGCCAGGUCUUCAAGGCUGUCCAAACGGCGGGCCCAAGAUCCCGUCCAUUGCCACUGGGAUCGUGGGCGGCCUCCUCUUGGUGGUGGUGGUGGCCCUGGGGAUCGGGCUGUUCCUGCGGAGGCGCCACAUCGUCCGGAAGCGCACGCUGCGCCGGCUGCUGCAGGAGAGAGAGCUUGUGGAGCCUCUCACGCCCAGCGGAGAAGCUCCCAACCAGGCUCUCUUGAGGAUCUUAAAGGAAACUGAGUUCAAGAAGAUCAAGGUUCUGGGCUCUGGGGCGUUUGGCACCGUGUACAAGGGACUCUGGAUCCCAGAAGGUGAGAAAGUUAAAAUCCCUGUGGCCAUCAAGGAAUUGAGAGAAGCAACAUCCCCAAAAGCCAACAAGGAAAUUCUCGAUGAGGCCUACGUGAUGGCCAGCGUGGACAACCCGCACGUGUGCCGCCUGCUGGGCAUCUGCCUGACCUCCACCGUGCAGCUCGUCACGCAGCUCAUGCCCUUUGGCUGCCUCCUGGACUACAUCCGCGAGCACAAGGACAACAUCGGCUCCCAGUACCUGCUCAACUGGUGUGUGCAGAUCGCAAAGGGCAUGAACUACCUGGAGGAUCGCCGCUUGGUGCACCGCGACCUGGCGGCCAGGAACGUGCUGGUGAAGACGCCACAGCACGUCAAGAUCACAGACUUCGGGCUGGCCAAGCUGCUGGGUGCCGAGGAAAAAGAGUACCACGCAGAGGGGGGCAAAGUGCCAAUCAAGUGGAUGGCGUUAGAAUCGAUUUUACACCGAAUUUAUACCCACCAGAGUGAUGUCUGGAGCUAUGGGGUCACCGUUUGGGAGCUGAUGACCUUUGGGUCCAAGCCGUACGAUGGAAUCCCCGCAAGCGAGAUUUCCUCCGUCCUGGAGAAGGGCGAGCGCCUUCCCCAGCCGCCCAUAUGCACCAUCGACGUCUACAUGAUCAUGGUCAAGUGCUGGAUGAUCGAUGCAGACAGUCGCCCGAAGUUCCGUGAGUUGAUCAUUGAAUUCUCCAAGAUGGCCCGAGACCCCCAGCGCUACCUUGUCAUCCAGGGAGAUGAACGGAUGCACCUGCCGAGCCCCACGGACUCCAAUUUCUACCGCACCCUGAUGGACGAAGAGGACAUGGAGGACGUCGUGGACGCCGACGAGUACCUGGUCCCACAGCAGGGCUUCUUCCACAGCCCCUGCACCUCCCGCACCCCCCUCCUCAGCUCUCUGAGCGCGACCAGCAACAGUUCCGCCGCGGCUUGCGUUGACAGAAACGGGCAGAGCUGUCCCAUCAAGGAAGAGAGCUUCUUGCAGCGGUAUAGCUCAGACCCCACUGGCGCCUUGACCGAGGACAGCAUGGACGACACCUUCCUCCCAGUGCCUGAAUACAUAAACCAAUGCAUUCCCAAAAGGCCCGCGGGCUCUGUGCAGAACCCCGUCUACCACAACCAGCCUCUGAACCCAGCUCCCGGCAGGGACCCACACUACCAGAACCCCCACAGCACCGCCGUGGGCAACCCCGAGUAUCUCAACACUGCCCAGUCUGCCUGCGUCAGCAGCACACUCGACAGCACUGCCCACUGGGCCCAGAGAGGCACCCACCAAGUCAGCCUGGACAACCCUGACUACCAGCAGGACUUCCUUCCCAGGGAAGCCAAGCCCAAUGGCACGUUCAAGGGCCCUGCAGCUGAAAACGCAGAGUACCUAAGGGCAGCGCCACUGAGCAGGGAAUUUACAGGAGCGUGACCACAGAGAACAGUGUCAGCCAUAAAGCCCAGACCACAGACACCCAGGACCAAGCCCCGGCAGCCACUCUAGCCCGACAACCAUGUCCACACCCACUGGAGGACCCACGGACUGGUGGCGCCAUGUUGCGCUGACUGGCCCCUCUUUCAGCAGGGAAGUGUCCCCUCCUCAGGUGCUCUUUGGGAAGUUGCAGGCACAUUCCUUUGUCUUCAACUGUGAAGCUUCCACAAAAAGACACCCAGGAAGAAUGUUGUCUAUUUGAGCAGAAGUUUACCUUUAGGUGAGGUAUAUUUAGGAAAAAAUAACUAUAUAUAAGGAUUUUUAUUGGUUGGGGACCUUUGGGAUUUGUAAUUGUCAUUACUGAUUUUGAUUUUAAUGGACUCUUCUGACGAGGAAGAAGCUUCUUGCAGUACUUGCUGCGCUGAGUGCAUCCGGGCCCAGCUGUGACCAAGGUGCACGGGCCACCAGUCUUCCCACCAACACUCAGUCUCAUUGGCUCUGCUUCAAGACUGUCACGCUGCAAGACAACUAAAUAUACAGGAGUCCUCCAUGUCCCAGGCAGGCCUGGUGGGUACUCUGUCAGGUCAUGGCAGGUACAAUAGGAUAUGCCACUUUGCCCCUUCCUGGGUGAAGAAGAAACGGAGGGGGUAGAAUUCUUCCUUGGACUUAUUUUGUGUGACUGUCUCCAUGGUACCAAGUCCCCACUGGUUGACCAGUGUUUUCUAAUUAUGAGUAUUGGACUUACUUGUUCAUUUUCCAUUCCGUUGCUUUGACACUCAGUAUGCCUUCCCUGUCUUACUGUCAUGAGGUCAGCAAGAGAAGACGGUACGUUAAAUAACGAAAGGAUUCCAGCCCACAUUUGAUCCCCAGCAUUCAGACCAAUAGCCUUUAAUCAAGAUGGAACAAUAGUGCAAAAGGUUAAUGUACGAACAUAUCCACGAAAUCUGAAGCUCAGAUGAAAUGCACUCAGUUUUGGGGGCGUAUAUCAGGAGACUACAAAAAUGAAGCUGCUCUUAAAUUUCCUUUAGUCCUCCCCACCCAACCCCCAAAUAUUAGUUUAGGUUACUUGUAGAAGAUAAUCUUCUCUUUUCCUUUUACUUUAAAAGUUUUUACUCAAAGAGUAUGUGUUCCUCCCUGGGCAGCUGCCCCCAGACUACCCCCCUGCCUCUGUGAAAAAGGUAUCUAGGCCCUGAAGCAACUAUUGAGGAACUUACAGCGCUGGCCAGAGUAGGCACAUUUUAGCAAUAAAAAUAGCAUUAUGAAUAUUAUGGAAUUCAAGUGGUCAAUACAAAAGUAGAGUUUGAAAUUGAUAAUACUUUCACAACAUCUACAGAUGUUUUAGAAGAAAAAGAAAUUCCCUCCUAAAAUAAUUCCCCUAUAGUUGGAGGAUCUGACUAAUUAGGAUCCCGACUUUUUUCCUGCUCUGUGUGUGUCCCUGCAACCUGAUUGGCUGGCAGCACCUGUAAACAAUUUUCUAAACACCCCUAGUCAAUAUCUACCCUGUCCAGAUUGUCAAGGAAAAAAUGUUUCACACACUAUUUUCAGCCUGCAGAUAUGCUCAGCCACACACACAUACAAAUGUUCUGUUUGCUUUUAAAUUAGCAAUUUAAAAGUAGAUUGAUCAGGGCUCCACAGCUUUGUUAAGAAAAUAUUUGACCUUUGUCUUAAUGGAAAUAAAACUAUAUUUCAUUCCAUGCCAUUCUACUCUCAAAUACCCUUAAGUACCUAUACCAGCCCGGCGUAGGUACCAAAGAUACAAAAAUAAAUUAAAGAUUAUCCCUGAUUCUGAGAAAUUCACAAUUUAGCAAAGGGGAAAUGGACUCAUAAAUCCCAACCUUGAAACAGUAUGACAAAGAGCAGGCAGAACCCAGGGCAGGGAGGGUGGUUCUGCCCGGGAAACCCAGAGGCUCCCUGAGGGAGACAGCCUCAGAGAUGAUGGGGCUUAGCCAGGAGAGAAAGGGAAACGGUGAGCCCGGCUGUGGGAACCCCUCUGGGGUCCACUAAUAGCUGAAAGGCGAGUCCAGCCAUCCUACCCAGCCCCUCCCCUCAGGCCUGGGAAUCAGGCUUGGAGCACCCCCAGGUUCUCAGAGCGUUGCACCCCCCUCGGGGAUUUCAAGCCAUCAUCUCUGAAAUGAUUAGUAAGAAGACUGAGCAACAUAGUUCUAAGAAUCUGAGAUUUUAUACCAUUGUCAGUAAACCACUUGCAUCGUGUAUUCACCUCAGAGCAAAAGCACUGCAGUCAGGACUGGGACACAGAGUGUCACACUCUGCUGUCCCUUUUUGUCGAGAAGCAGAUGAUUGAUGAGGGAGGGCAGUUGGAAGCCAGUCAGAUUGUAGUAAUUAAAUCCUAGUAUUUUUGUAGUUUAAAAAAUACACUUUAACACAAUAAAACAGCAAAAGCUAUUCAAGUUUUCUUUUCUUCUCCUCCAUAUUUCAGUUUUCCUGCAUAAAACUCAGUUGCUAAAUUCCACUAAUUUUAAGAUUGUGUUUCCCAAAACGUUCUCACCCCCUCUGUGCAGGGACCGUCUCCAAGGACCCAGUCAGGAGGGGGUGCCCCGAGCCCCGUCACUUCCACUCCACAGCCCUGAGGGUCACGUCUCACACCUUGUUCCCCAUUCCCUGGGUCCGAGCCCAUUGAGACCCCACAGAGAGCCUGUCUGCCGUCUCUUCCUCAGCCAGUGCCUGCAGGACCUUCCCCCGUGGCCCCAUCCUGGGACCUGGCCUUGGGGAAAGUGCAGAGUUGGGAGCUGUCGCAGUGGGCUGUGAUCCUUCAACACAGCUUCUCCUGUCAUCUCUAUGGAGUCCCUCUAAUUGCACCCCGUGAGAAACACUUGUCAUCCUCUGAAGUUAAAAGAAGAGACAAACUUUUUUAAACUCUAAACUUGCUGUGAGCCCAGGCUGCCACUGAUUUUACCUGUCAGAGCACGGGGCAGCAGCACUUCGCACUCCAGUCGAUGAUGCAGCUGAGACAUUUGUUGAAAGUCCUUAAUCUUGUGCUUUAGCCUCCCCUGCUCCCCUGCAGACAUACACAAACUAUGGGGCGCACGAAAGGACCUGGCUCUCAAGGCCAUCUGCCCUUGGGAAUCUCCCGGGUGUCAACCAAUAGAUUCUGAUUUCAUUUUUCUCGGGUGCAGCCUGGGCCCAGGGACUCUUCAGAGCACCCCCAGGUUAUUCUGAGGAGUGGGGACGUUUAGGGAACCUCUGCUGUAAAGGAAGGCCGAGGCCUCAGCACUCAUGUGGCCUCUGCUUCCCAUGCACAGGGCGAGGCUGGUGCCUGGGGGACCCACUGUGCUCACCCUCAGCUCAAAUGAGAGCCACUGCAGCUCCAAAAGAAGGGGUCAGGGGUCUGCAGGGGUCAAACCGAAUCUCAGAGGCUCCCACAUGAUUCCACUGGGCAGCCAGGGUUGAAACUGUCCCUUCUGAGGUCCCCUUCAGUUGUAGAGGCCUGUGGGUCUGUGCCACACCCCACAAGGUUCCCCUGCGCAGCGGAAAGAAAAGUUUGCAGUCACUGAUAUGCCUGAGAUGUGGCCACCAGUGGCCAUUCCAAAAGCCUCCAAUUCAUUGUCACCAGCGGCUUAUGCUGAAAGUGGCAAAUGCCCAAAUCUGAGCGUCGAUAAAGCCUUCAGACCCUUGGUGUUUUCUGAGAAGUUAUACCAACCCCCUUAUGAGCGAGCUGCUCCCUCCUAAGUGGCAGCUGUGGAACUGCCCUUGGUGUCUGCCCUGCGGUACUUUCCUGUGAUCUGCACACGUCUUACUACAACAUGAGGAUUGCUUGUAUUUCCUUGCCUGGGGGCUGUGGAGCCUUUCUGAACAGAAAUCCCAGCCUCUUGUUCUAGCCACACCUGCCAUGCCAGCAGCACACAUCUUUGUACUCUUAAACACGUAGACAAGAGUUUUAAAUGUAAAUCUAUUUUUGUAACUUUUUUGUGGAAUAUUGUCCUCUUUAUGUAGCACUGAACUUUGUAAAGUAUAUUUUUAGGAAACUCAUUUUUCUACUAAAAGCAACACAGUUAACUUUAGAAAGACUGCAACAGAAUCCAAAUUUGAACAGAAAUCUUUGUUGAAAAGGGUUAACUUGAAGCAAAGGUCUUUGUCUGUCUUACAAAAAGGUACAACCUCAUUGCAGAGCCAAGCCAGAUUAUUGCCAUGGUGAAGAGGAGAAUUGUCACUUUUUAUAUUUAUAAUAUUAGGAAAGCUGGAAAGCACAUUUAGCUUGGUCUGAAGCAGGUUCUGUUGAGUCUGGGGCAAUGUUGAUGGAGAGCGAUAAUCUGUUAUCACUACUAGAAGAAUCCAACUGCAUGUCAUACUCUGAUCGUCUGCCAAUAUCGCCCUGUCAAUGUAAGAAAAGCAAUAAUACAGCACUUUGUUGGUUUAUAUAUA